AUGGCAUCCAAUCCAGCACUCAAAGGCAGCGAUAGCGAAUUAUCGCUCACAAAUUCCGAAUCGACUCCAAAUGCCGCUCAAUCUUCUACGGUUACGACUCUGGCGGACAAGCAACGAAAGAGCGAGGGUGAAGAGCGAUCAGUGCGUUCGCCUUCCUCCCUCUCAGUGUCGUCUCCGCCUACCACCGCACCAUCCUUGAAGCCUCCUUCCGGAUCCUCUGAACUAGGCCAACCCACUGGACCAACUCAUAUUCCAGCAGCAUCAUAUACCUCUCUCUCCAAGAUCCUGCAGCCCAAUCCGGCCUCAUCUACACCUCCCCCGCACCAUGCACUGAACAAGUUUGUCCUUUACGAGACCAAGACUCGGUUCUAUAUAAUUGCUUCGAAUCAGUCUGAUACUCGUCACCGUAUACUCAAGAUCGACCGGACGAGUCAGGAUGAGCUUGUGCUGAUUGAGGAUGAGACGGUGUACACUGGGCGACAGAUCAGGGACGUGUUGGAGAUGGUUGAGAAUGGGAACAAGAGCUCUGGAGGACUCGGGAAGGUGCUAAGCUUCUAUGGGAUCGCAGGCUUCAUCAAGUUUACUGCAGGCUGGUAUAUGAUUCUCAUCACCAAACGCUCGGUCGUCGCCCUUCUAGGAGGACAUUACCUGUAUCAUUGCGAGGAGACAGUGCAUAUUACCGUGAAUGCAGCUGGGAGAAGUGAGAAGACAGCAGAGGAGAGCAGAUUGCUGCACACUUUUCAGCAAGUCGACAUGUCGAAGAAUUUCUACUUUAGCUACACCUACGAUCUCACCUCCACUCUCCAACGGAACCUAACCAAACCAGACCUGGACGUAGAAAGCGGACAACCGCCGUUCGACGAUCGAUACGCGUGGAACUACCAUCUCCUGACUCCAGCUCUGGAGUGCAAGCACCUCAGGUGGGCAUCCGAUUGGCUGCUUCCUCUUGUGCACGGGCAUGUGGAUCAAGCUAAAUUACAAGACUUCAGCCGAGUCAUCUACAUCACCCUUAUCGCCCGGAGAUCUCGUCAUUUUGCAGGAGCUCGUUAUCUGAAGCGGGGAGUCAACGAAGAUGGCGACGUAGCGAACGAGGUAGAAACAGAACAGAUCGUUUCGGAAGCUCUCACAACGCCGUUCUAUGCACCAUCCUAUGAUCCGGAAACUGGAUAUCACCUCGGCCCAAACCCGCGAUAUACGAGCUAUGUUCAAUAUCGAGGAAGUAUCCCUACUUUCUGGGCACAGGAUGUGAUGGGAAUGAAUCCCAAACCACCAAUAGAGAUAACGGUUGUAGAUCCCUUUUACACGGCUUCAGCCAAGCACUUUGACGAUCUCUUGGGUCGUUACGGACCAAGUCUCAUGAUCCUCAAUCUAAUCAAGUGUCGAGAGCCCCAACCAAGGGAGUCAAAGCUUGGAGUUGAAUAUGCCAACUGUGUCGAAUAUCUCAACCAAUUCCUUCCGGAUGACCAUAAGAUGAUCUAUCGGGCGUGGGACAUGAGCCAUGCUUCUAAGAAGAAGCAGGACGUUAUCGGUUAUCUCGAAGACCUCGCGGAGGAGAGCAUCCAAAUGACGGGAUUUUUCCAUUCCGGUCCGGAACCGGAGAGCCAUCGCUUGCGUGGUGAAUACGAUGGCAGUACUUAUCGUGAUACCAUCCUGUUGCAGAAUGGCAUCUGCCGGACGAACUGCGUCGAUUGCCUUGAUCGGACGAAUGCUGCCCAAUUUGUAUUCGGGAAGCGUGCUCUAGGUCAUCAACUUCAUGCACUCGGUGUUGUGGAAACACCCAAUCUGCUGUUCGACACGGAUGCCGUUAACAUGUUGACCGAGAUGUACCACGAUCACGGCGAUACCAUCGCACUGCAGUAUACAGGGAGCGCGUUAGUGAACCGUGUCGACACAUAUCGUCGCAAACUGCAUUGGAACAGCCAUUCUCGCAAUCUCAUUGAGAACAUAAGGCGAUAUUAUGCGAAUUCCAUGCUCGACGCUGAAAAGCAGACGGCUAUCAAUCUGUUCCUCGGUGUAGGCCCGGUAGCUCCAUCAUCGCUUCCUGCCCCACUGCGAGAUUAUCGAGCCUGGUAUGAUCCCAAGCAUCUUGAAGCAUUGUACAAACGGCAAGAGUGUCUCGAAGGACUCCAGCGUUACGUGGAACAUACGAAUGAGUUCUGGGUUGAGUACUAUCGCCCGCUAUUAUUUACGAGCCUGGGAAGACAUUUCGCCUAUUCGAUGAACAGCACAUCCAAGCUCCCUGGAAAGCACGGAAGAGAUAUGGGAACGAGUCCCUUCCAACACCGGCUGGAUCAUUCUGAUCAUCCCAGGUAA